AUUAGAUGAAUCCAAUUUGAAACUUACUGCCUACAUAAAACUAAUCAAAAUCAUGAUGAUAAUCAGUAAUAGUAAAAAUCUAUUUAACCAAUGAAAUGAUUCUCUUUCAUAAUAAUGAAUGACAUUAGAUAUAUAUAUAUAUAUAUAUAUAUAUAUAUGUACACGUCAAUGAUCCGUAGACAUUCUACAUAAAGAAUACGAUCAAACGCGUCGACAUUCAACGAAGACAGAUCCAUCUAUCGAUCUAUUUAUAUAAAGGAUCUAUAAAAAUGUCAUCAGAUCAAUUAAAACAAUCAUUUUUAUCAUUUUGUAAUUUUGUUAAAAAAGGUUCUAUUACAGCAACUGAUAAAACCAUUAAAAAAUUAUGUACAGAUUGUCAAAUUUAUUCAAAAAAUUUAGAUACAAAUCGUAUUGAUAUUGAAUUUCGUGCACAUAUUGGAAGUACUAAAAGAGACGUUGAUUUCCCAGGAUUUGUAAGUUUUCUGGAAGGUCGAUUAGCAAAAGUUUAUGCUGCUGCCAACGGUAUGGAACAUAAAGAUGCAGUAAUUGAGCUUAAACGUAAAAUAGCUGAAACAUCACCAGCGAUUCAUGGUGGUACUAAAAUUAGCUCUGAUCCAACAACAUCUAGAUUGACAAAUGUAAAAACAUUUACUGGUUCACAUAAAGAACGUUUUGAUAUAGAAACUGGUAAAGGUUUAGUUCUUCUAUUCAAUGUUGUAGGCAAUAUAUAUGAAAGAGAGAAGAAAGAAUAGACCAAUCAUUCAUAUUCUACAAGGUAAUUGAUUAUUGAUUAUUGCAAAAGAUUAUUUAAACAAUCCAUUUGGUCAAUUCCAAAUGAGGGAAGUCGAGUGAUAAAAACAUCACCCGAUGUGAUGUUGUUCAGUAUGGUGAAAUACACCAGUUGGCUUCUAUGAUGGAAUGAAUGUAGAAUGAAAUGGGAUUCAUCCAAAUUGAGGAUUUGGGAUUCAUACCAACAAUCAUCGGAUCAUUUAAUGGAUGAACAAUCUUAACUGAUCUAUUCCACUAUUCUUCUUAUUAUUAUCAUUAGUCUUAUUAUUAUUAUUAUUAUUAUUGAAGGCGUAAUGUGCAAUAAUAAGGUGAGAUCAUUUGAUUCCACACAGUGUGUGUGUGUGUGUGUGAAUCAUGAUCACCUUUGUAAACACAAUCUCUAUCAUCAUACAUUAAUCGAUAAAUCCAUAUAUAUUCAUGGGUAUGUUCUAAUUGUUUUCAUUUCACAAACGGUACUUUCUAUUCUCCUCAUCAAUUGAUUUCGAGUGCUUGAUCUGGUCAAAUUGAAUUCAUAUUCUUCUAUAUGUGAUCACGAUCAUGAUGAUGGUGACUUGUUACUAUGGACUAUUGAAUGUGAUUUCAUUUUUGUUUCAUUCUUAUAUUCUUACAUCAUUUUCAUUUUUGGAACUUGUUGUCCAUGGAAACCAGCUUUCUCUCAUGAUCUCAAUUGUACACAAAUUAAUUCAUCAAGUUGAUAUGAUCAUUAUCUACUGUGAACCGAUACUCAUGUUACCAUGACAAUUGUACUAUUGAUUGAUGGUUCAUUUUUCUUUCCUUUUCUUUUCUUUAUAUAAUCAAUAAAGUGUUGCUUUCUGAAUUAAGUUUUCUUCUAAAUUGUAAAGAUGUAAAGGAUUGUUCUUGAGUCUCAACAAUGAAGGGUGACUUGUUUAUACGAUAUUGUCUAUUUAUUGAGUAUAUCUGAGAUGUUGUGACGUCGGUCACAAUAGAAGCACAUAGAAUGAAGACUGGAUUAAUCGAUUUCAGUGAGGAAGUGUCUAUUUCUCUAGGUAGAUUCCAAGUGACAAUUCUUGUAAUAGUUGAAUAGAUAAGUAUUGUCAUUCGACAGUUGCGUUAAACACCUU